AUGGCAACCACAGAAGCUCCCCGCCCCCAGCCGCCCCCCCCUAAUAAGGACGUGUUUGGUGACACAUCCCUAGAACUCAACUCUCAAAAGGCGCUACUGGACUGUCUCCGUGUGUAUGCUCCGGAGCAGCAGGGCCGAGACUCCGCCCCCUCUCUGGAGCGCCGCCAGCUGGCCCCUCCCCACAAGGCCGAUGGUGAUGAAGAUGAUGGGGGCGGGGUGAAGGAGGAGGAGGAAGAGCAGGGCGUGGCCCUGGGGCUGCUGCUGUCCAUGCUGGCCCCGGUGGUGGCGGAAGAGGCCCACAGCGCGGGGCGGAGAGCCUACUCCAUGGAGCACUUCCGCUGGGGGAAACCCACGGGUCGCAAGCGGCGCCCCGUCAAGGUCUACACGGGGGGGGCUCUGGAGGAGCUGGUGGGGCGCGGGGGGGUCGGCGAGGGGAGCCUGGAGAGCAGGAGGGGUCUGGAGGAGGAGGAAGAGGAGGAGGAGGAUGAGGAGGAGGAGGAGGAGAGGGAGGUGAGGAGGGAGGAUGCGGUACAGGCGCUGCCCACCAAACUGACGUACGGCAUGAGCCACUUCCGCUGGAGCCGGCCGCCGUAUAGCCACACACACACACACACACACACACACACACUCACGGCAGACAAGCGCUACGGCGGCUUCAUGAAGCCGUGGGCCGCCUCCAUGGAGUCUUCCCAUAAGCCCCUGCUCACCCUGCUACGCCACGUCAUCGCCAAGGACGGCCAGUAG